ACUGCACCGUGUGAAAGCUGACGUGUUGUCACAGUUAGCCUAGCCUAGCCUAGCCUAGCCUAGCUCAGACAGCGGAGAGUCCGUUAUAAGCGCAAUAAACGAAAUUAUACUAAUAAUAAAUGAUAAAGAUUAAGGAAGAUUAUUAUAGUUAUUGAGUCAAAGUCAGUAAAAUGGCGGACUGGGAGGAAAUCCGUCGGCUUGCGGCAGAUUUUCAGAGAGUUCAGUUUACAGAAUCUGUACAGAGGCUGUCAGAGAGGAACUGUAUUGAGAUCAUCACUAAGCUUCUGGAGGAGAAGAAGUUGGAUGUCGUUCACACUCUCGAUGGAAAAGAGUUCAUCACUCCAUCACAGAUCAGCCGAGAGAUUCGAGAUGAGCUGUACGCACAUGGAGGAAGGAUUAAUGUAGUGGAUUUGCAGAAGAUCAUUAAUGUGGAUCUAGUCCAUGUAGAGAGCCGAGUGAAUGAAGUGGCCAAAUCAGAGAGAGGAACUCGAAUCGUUCUGGGACAACUGAUUACUGAACAUUACCUGGAACAGGUGUGUGAGGAGGUGAAUGAUAAACUGCAAGAGGCUGGACAGGUGAACAUCACUGAGCUUAGCAAAACACAACAGCUACCUGCAGAUUUCCUCACACAGGAGCUCAGUGCGAGGUUAGGCCGGCUGAUUGAUGGUCAUAUGGAUCAGUUUACUGGCCUGAUUUUCACCCAAAACUUUAUCAACAGACAGAAAGCAAAAUUAAGAGGAUUAUUCAGUUCCAUCACCAGGCCGACUCCAGUAAAUAACCUGAUUGGUCAGUAUGGCUUACAGGACAAUCUCUUAUACUCUCUGCUGGAGGAGUUGGUGAACUCCGGCCGUGUCCGUGGCUCGAUAGUUGGAGGUCGUCAGGACAAAGCCGUGUUUGUUCCUGAUGUUUACUGCAGAGCUCAGAAUGCUUGGAUUGAGUCCUUCCUGACACACAACUCCUACCUUGAGUUUGAGUCUCUGUCUCGGUUGGGAAUUCCUGAUCCAUUGAACUACGUUAAGAAGCGUUUUAAGGACAGGAAGUUGCUGUUCCUGCAGUCAGUGUGUGUGGAUGCAGCCAUAUUGGAUCAGCUGGAGGCCUCAGUAGAGGAAGCAGUCAGCUCUGAAACAUGGAUUGACUUGCAGAUGCUGCUGCCAAGUUGCCUCUCAUCGGAUGAUUCAGCGACGUUGAUCAAUCAUGUGAUCCACUCAGUGCACGUUCAGUCCAGUGUUCGGGUUCUUGGCUCUGCUGUAAUCAGCGAGAGGUUCAUUAGCAGCUGUCUGGUGCUUUUUGAUGACAUCAUGCAGCAGAAAGCUCAGGCAGAAGUAAAGAGUGAUCCUGUACUGUUAUUAACAGAGGAUGAUGUUAAGCUGGGUCCAGUGAUAGCUGACAGCUCAAACACUAAACGAGACAAACGAGAGGAACGCAGGAAGAAAGCAUCAGAGGGCAGUGGCAGUGUGAGGGCAGGUGCAGGAGGAAACGCCAGAGAAAUUAGAACUCGAAAAACCAAGAAGAAGAACAGGAGAGAAGAAGAGAGCGAUGAUGAGAAUGCUACUAUUCAGAGUAAGCCUGCAGAGCCAGUGUUCCUGUCAGUGCAGGAAAUUAUGGAGGUGUUGGAGAAGCGAGUGUGUGACUGUCCUGAGGAAACGCUGGAGCUCAUUGCACAUGAGCUUGUCAGGCCAUUAUCACGGGCAUACAAGGAAGUGGUGCACUCAGUUUUCCUGUCCUCCACUUCUGCCUCCCCCUCUGCUGCGAAACGCAGACACACAGCCAAGGAGCUGCAGGAGGAAAUUAACACUUUGUACGCUAAUGUCCGGGCACUAGAGCGGGGAACCAAACACUUCUCAGAUGAUGUUCAACUCCACAUGGUGAAACACAUCCUGAAAUCAGUGUGUUCAGAUCUAACCAAUGUGAUGAUCAACUUCUUGUCAGAUGAUCAAAAGACCAUCAUGGACAAUCUCAACCACAUUACUGCUGAGAUGAGGAUGAAGAUUUUGGCAAAGCUCCCUGAUGAGAUUAAAACUCCUCUGAUGAAACUGAACAGCAGCCUGUAUGGAAAAAGUAUUGAGGAAUUCCUCUGUAAUGUGGAAGCUGCUGCAGAGCAGUGUGGCAUUAUGCUUAAGAAAGGAGACAAGAAAAAAGAGAAACAGGUUCUCUCCAUACACAGACAAACCCUAAUGGAGCAGUUGCAGGUGGCAGUAGAUGAGGCACUUGUUCUGCAUCUGGCUGUUUUACUUUUAUUUCAGCAACAUACACACUGCAUGCUGCUUGCUCCUGGACGUUGUGUGUCAAACAUCAUAUACACACUGCAGAGUAAACUCACACAGGAUCAGUAUGACCUGUUGGUUCAAUAUCAUACUCUGGUGGUGAAGCAGUUGGUUGGUAAAAAAGCUGAGCAGAUGGAGAGCGAAAGCGAAGGAUCAGCUGAAAAAUUAGAAGAGCUAAAGAAUCUCACUAAUGACAUUAAAGAGCUCGUCUUCUCACCCAAAAAAUCUUUAUCUCUGAAAAAUGAAACGAAAGAAGAGGUGGAGCCAGUUGGUGGACAAGUGUGAAAGAGGGAGGUGGAGAUGUGGGAUGAACAGGAGGGCAUGGCGUGAGGACAAGGACAACACAACAAGAUUUUUUAGAUUGUAAUGAAACAGAAGUGUAGAGUAGAUGCUUAGUGUGAUCAUGUGUGUAUUUAUCACCUAUCAUUGUUCUAAACUAAUUGCUGUGUUAUUGUCUGAGCCUUAAGAUUAAACA